UGUCAGCUCAACACUGACUUGAUUUGAUUUGAUGGUUGCUGGAUAGGCAUCUUGAUUCAAGUAAACGCAGUUAAUAGAUCGAUGAUCAGUGUUUAAGUUGUUUAAGUGCUAGGAGGCAGACUCGUGAAUUGAAUGACACAUUGUACUCGUUUGUUUGUUCGCGAGCCAGCUUAGGGUGUUGUGAGUCACGUUACAAGUGUCAGCUGCGGUGAGACAAGUUGUUGGGCGGUGCACCACACCACAACCAACCGCGUAGUACUUCAAACCGCUCUCGAAGAUUCUUCGUUUAUCCGAAAACUCGAACUUCUUAGCCGCAUCAGGACAAUUCACGAGCCUGAUCAUAGUGAUAUCAUUACCACAAGAUGAAAGGGUUCACCAAAGCAAUCAAGCGAACACCUCACCUUGUCACAUCUAAAGUUGGCUUUGCGAAGAAGUCCUCUGACCCCGAAUUCGACGACUACAAUCGCCAUUUCAUCAGCCUCGAGCAAGCCACAGAAAAGUUGCUAAAAGAUACCAGGAUAUUUUCCGAAGCUGUUUUAAGUGUGUCGAUAACGUCCGUCUUAUCUAUUCCUGCAUCCUUACACAUACUCUCAGCCCUCUUCACUUCUUCCGUUGGUUUCGCCAACCAUUUCAAUUUUAUAUUCUCUCCGCUGGGUGGCGAGUAUAACUUGCAAGGCAAGCAUCCCUCCUGUGAGGCAACCGUCGCAAACACUCCUCCGUACUCAACUUCUCUCGACGAACUUCGUUCUGCGAUCUCCCCUGAACUCGAGCUCAUCGAAUCACGAAUUGUUGCACCCGUGAAAGAGUUCCAGGGAGUCCUCAAGCUGAUCAGGAAGAGCAUCACCAAACGCGAUCAUAAGCUGGUCGAUUAUGAUCGAUUCAAUAAUUCACUUACUAAAUUGAGGGACAAGAAAGAGAAGAGUUUGAGUGAUGAGAAGAAUUUGUUCAAGCUUGAGCAAGACUUCGAGAUUGCCACAAAUGAGUAUGAUUACAUUAACAACGCACUCAAGACAGAUCUCCCGCACUUCAUGCAGCUUUCGACUCAUUUCAUCGAGCCUCUUUUCCAUUCAUUCUAUUACAUGCAGCUCAACAUUUAUUAUCUUUUCCUUGAGAAAAUGAAUUCAUUCGCGGAGGGUCGAUACGACGUUACCAACGCCCCUGGCGCUCAAAUCCAGGCUGACUAUGAAGAGAAGCGAACGGAUGCAUGGAGUCAAAUUGAGGAUCUUAACGUUACCAAGCGCUUCAUAUCGACUUCGAAAUUCGUGCAAGCUAAUCGUGCCCCUGGCAGCAAUUCGUUGACUGUCGGUCCUUCCAUCGGUCGCUCACCCAGCGUUACAAGUGCUGGUAGUGGGAGCAGCCGCUCAAUGCCACCAUCCCGAGCAGCGCCUACAUCUUCCUUUAUCAAGAAGCCACCUCCAGCGCCGCCAGGUCAGACACCUGCUCCUCCUCCCCCGUACUCCGCCGCUUCAAAUGAUUCGGGAGCUGGAACUACAGCUGCAAUAAAGAGGCCGCCUCCACCCCCACCGGUGAAACCCAAACCAAAGCCAGAGCCAGCCGUAGAGUAUGUCACAGCCUUAUAUGAUUUCGAUGCUCAGGCUGAAGGAGAUCUUUCUUUUAAAACCGGUGACCGCAUCGAAAUUGUAACCAAGACAGAGAGUCAGGAAGAUUGGUGGACAGGUCGUCUUAACGGGGACCAGGGUGUAUUCCCAGGCAACUAUGUACAGUGA